CAUAUUAUUCUAUCUACUAUCAUAAUACUUUUUUAUUUUCAGAUUCGUGUAAAACCAGAUAAGACGGGCGUUGUAACGGAUGGAGUGAAACACUCCAUGAAUCCCUUCGAUGAAAUUGCAAUUGAAGAAGCUGUACGAAUGAAAGAGAAGAAAUUGGUACAGGAGGUAAUUGCAGUUUCAUGUGGCCCCCAGCAAUCUCAAGAUACGAUUAGGACAGCUCUUGCAAUGGGUGCUGAUAAAGGAAUUCAUGUUGAAGUAUCUGGAGCUGAGUAUGAAACUCUUCAGCCUAUUCACGUAUCGAAGAUUCUGGCUAAGUUGGCUCAGGAGGAGAAAGCAGAUUUGAUAAUUGUUGGUAAACAGGCUAUAGAUGAUGAUAGUAAUCAAACAGCUCAAAUGAUUGGGGGAAUCCUAGAUUGGCCAACUGGAACAUUUUGCAGUAAAAUCGAGAAAACUGAUGGUGAGUUGAACAUCACGCGUGAGGUUGACGGAGGUUUAGAGGUGAUUAAAGUAAAAAUACCAGCAGUACUAAGUGCCGAUCUUCGCCUUAAUGAACCUCGUUAUGCUACACUGCCAAACAUUAUGAAAGCUAAGAAGAAACCAAUUAAGAAACUGACACCAAAGGAUCUUGGUAUCGAUACGGCAGCAAGAAUUGAGAUUGUGUCAGUUGAAGAGCCGGCAGUUAAACAGCCUGGUGUUAUAAUACCAGAUGUUGACACACUAAUUGCCAAAUUAAAAGAACGUGGACAUAUAUAAUUAUACAGUGGAUUAAAUAUAUCAAUAUUAAGUUGAAACUAUUUUAUAUAAUGUACUUUAUAUUUGUUAUACUCUUUAUUGAAUUUGUAUAUAGAACAAUUUUUUAUACAUCACACGAUGCUGUACAUUAUAUGUGAAUAAAUCUUUUCUGCAUCAAA